GUGAGAGAGUGAAACACGAGUGUAUGUGAGGGAGUGUGCUGUGUAAUCAACUAUCACAGCUAUGUCUUCUUCUUCAGGUCAGCAUGGUGGUUCCCUAUCAAACCCUUCGUUGUUUACAGGGAAGAAUUAUGAUGUUUGGGCCAUCAAAAUGAAGGCAUUUCUUAAGGGAAAUGAUGUGUGGGAUUCUGUGGAAAAGGGCUUUAAUCCACCUCGGUUGCCUCAAAAUCCAUCAGUAGCUCAAAUAAAGCAACAUGCAAAGUAUGUAGCUGGUUCAUACAAGGCUCUUUCAUUCAUCCAUAGUGCUGUUGCAAAUGAGAUAUUUCCCAGAAUAAUGAGAGCAAAAACGACACAAGCAGCAUGGGAAAUACUCCAGAAGGAAUUUGAGGGUGAUGAAAGGAUUAAAGGCCAGAAGAUUGUGAAUCUGAAGAAGGAGUUUGCAAUGAUGAGAAUGAAGGAGACUGACACCAUUCAUCAGUACUCCAAUAGGCUUAUGGAUGUUGUGAACCAAAUAAGAUUGCAUGGUGAAGAUUUUCUAGACCAAAGAGUUGUGGAAAAAAUGAUAGUGAGCUUUCCUGAGAAGUUUGAGCCAAAAAUAUCAGCUAUAGAAGAGUCGUGUGAUUUGAAGACUCUUACUGUUUAUGAAUUGAUCAGCAAGUUGCAAGUUCAUGAACAAAGGACUGCUUUUAGAAUGGAAGACAUGGCUACUCGUGAAAGUGCUUUCCAAGCUUUGCCGAAGUGGAAGCCAUUAACACCAUCCUCUGAAAAGAAGCAAUUUAAGGAAAAUCAAUACAGACCAAAGCAGCAGCAAGCACAAGUAGCAAGCACAAUUGAAGAUCACUUGUUUAUGGCUUCACUAGCUUCUGGUUCAAUUGACAAGUGCUCAUGGUUUGUGGACAGCGACUAUACCUGUCAUAUGGCAAAUAAUGAAGCAAUUUUUUCUGAAUUGGACAAGUCAAUGAGAAUCAAAGUGAAGCUUGGAAAUGGCUCAAUAGUGCAAUCAGAAGGCAAGGGUAUUGUGGCUGUUCAUAUCAAGAAAGGUACAAAAUAUAUUCAUGAUGUUCUCUUUAUACCUUCCUUGAGUCAAAAUCUGUUAAGUGUUGCACAGAUGCUUAGGAAAGGUUAUUCAGUUUCAUUUUCCAACAAUGCAUGUUAUAUCUAUGAUUCUUGUGGUGUCGAACUUGCUAGAAUCAAGAUGGUAGAGAAUAGCUUUCCUAUUACGUGGAAUUCUCCUUGCUUGCAACCUGUUUAUGUAUCAAAAUCUAAUGAAACUUCUUUAUGGCACAAGAGAUAUGGUCACUUCAAUUUGAAGUCUCUUAAGUUCCUUCAAACUAAUGAACUUGUUAGAAACUUACCAGAAAUUCAUGUGAAUGAUGAUGUAUGUUCAAGCUGUCAAUUUGGGAAGCUACAUAGACAAGUUUUUCCCAUCAACAAUUCAUGGAGAGUAAGCCAGAAACUUAAGCUAGUUCAUACAGAUGUUUGUGGUCCAAUGAAGACUGCUUCGCUUGGUCAGAAUCUCUAUUUCAUUCUUUUUAUUAAUGAUUACACCAGGAUGACGUGGGUGUAUUUUAUAAGUAGCAAGGCACAAGUUUUCUCUGUGUUUAAAAAGUUCAAGGUACUUGCUGAGAACCAAAGUGGCUACAAAAUCAAAACCUUGAGAUCUGACAAUGGAAAAGAAUACACUUCAAAGGAGUUUGACAACUUUUGUGAAGAUGCAGGGAUAGCACAUCAGUUAACUGUCCCUUAUACUCCUGAACAAAAUGGAGUUUCUGAGAGGAAGAACAGAACAAUUAUGAAGAUGGCUCAACGUAUAUUGCAUGAAAAGAAGCUGCCUAAGAAUUUUUGGGUAGAGUUGAAAAUUUUUGGCUCUAUUUGCUAUAUUCAUGUGCCUGAUGCAAAGAGAACCAAGCUUUAUGUUAAAGCUAAAAUUGGUGUUCUGAUUCUCAUUGGGAUUGAGACGAGAGUUAUUGUGAAAAAUGGUGAUAUAGCCUCUAUCAAGGAUAAUGUAGAAGCUUCCAAAAAGGAAGUUUCAGCUUCUAAUGUAGCCGAUGUUGAUGCUCACCAUGAUUCCCCUGUUAUGAAAACUAAAACCUUGUCUGAAAUUUAUGAAAGAUGCAACCUAGCUGUUUUAGAACCCAACAUGUAUGCAGAAACUUCCAAGCAUGACAUAUGGAGGCAUGCAAUGCAGGAGGAGAUACAGAUGAUUAAAAAAAAUGAAACUUGGGAAUUGACUUCCCUGCCACUGGAAAAGAAUGCAAUUGGAGUCAAAUGGGUGUUUAGAACCAAGAUGAAUCCUAAUGGCUCCAUUCACAAGCACAAAGCCAGAUUGGUAGUGAAAGGAUAUGCUCAGCAAGUUGGAAUUGAUUAUGGUGAUACUUUUGCACCAAUUGCUCGGCAUGAUACAGAAGACAUUUAUGUGCAACAACCUGAGGGCUUUAUUAUUUCUGGUCAUGAAGACAAGGUUUACAAGCUUAAAAAGGCUUUGUAUGGGCUCAAGCAGGCACCUAGAUCUUUGUACAGCAAGAUUGAUUCAUUUCUCCUUCAACAAGGUUUUCAAAGGAGUGAAAAUGAGCCAACCUUGUAUGUUAAACGCAACUCAGUUUCUUUGUAUGUUGAUGAUCAGUUGAUUACCGGUGGCAAUUCACAGUUAUUACUUAGUUUUAAAGGUGAUUUGAUGAAAGAAUUUGAAAUGUCUGAUCUAGGGGAGAUGAGUUAUGUUUUAGGCAUGGAAAUUCAUCAAUGUGAAUCUGGUAUAUUUGUUUCUCAACAUAAAUAUGCUCUUGAUGUUUUGAAGAAAUUCAGUAUGGAUCAAUGCAAGUCUGUGCCUACUCCCUUAGUUCAAAAUUCAAAAUUAAUUGUUGAAGAUGGUUAUGAGAAGACAGAUGCUUCUAUUUAUAGAAGUUUGGUUGGGAGUCUCUUGUAUCUUACUGCAACCAGACCAGAUCUCAUGUAUGCAGCAAGCUUAUUAUCUAGGUUCAUGCAUUCUCCUAGUCAAGCUCAUUUUGGUGUUGCAAAAAGGGUGCUGAGAUAUCUCAAUGUCACUUCAGAUUAUGGUUUAUGGUUUGAGAAGCAUAAACAUGGAAUUCUGCACUGUUUUUCUUAUAGUGAUUGGGCUGGAAGUCAUGAAGAUGCCAAGAGCACAACUGGUUUUGUGUUCUUCUUUGGUUCUGCAGCUUUUUCUUGGAUGUCUAGAAAGCAAGAAGUCGUUGCUCAAUCAAUUGUAGAAGCUGAGUAUAUUGCUGCAGUAGAAGCCGUAAAUCAUGCAGCAUGGAUUAACAAGAUGCAAAUUGAUAUGGGGUGUUAUCAGCUCAAGCCUUGUGUUAUCCACUGUGAUAACAAUUCUGCCAUUGCUAUUGCUUAUAAUCCUGUCCAGCAUGGUCGUAUUAAGCAUGUCAAUGUUAAAUUUCAUGUGCUUAGGAAUAUGGUGCAGAGUAAGGAAAUUGAGAUGGUUUACUGUCACAAUAAUGAACAGGUUGUUGAUAUAUUUACCAAGGCUUUAUCAAAGUUCAAGUUUGAAAAGUUCAGAAGCAAGCUCGGAGUAUCUAGUAAAAAUUCAAGAGGAGUGUUGAAGACUUGAAUUUUAACUAGAUACUUAGCAAAAUGGAAUUAUAUUUUGCUUUAGUUGGAGUAGGUGAAAAUCAUAUCAUUGUAAUUUAUCUUUUCUUGUAAUAUGGUAUGUACAAGAUCUUUUGUGUAAGUUGUUCACCUACUAUCAAU